AGUCGUGGUUUGCAACCUCUACCCCUUUGUCAAGACUGUAGAGUCCCCGAAUGUCACCGUCCAAGAGGCGGUUGAACAGAUUGACAUAGGUGGCGUGGCUUUGCUGAGAGCGGCUGCGAAGAACCAUGCCCGGGUGACCGUUGUGUGUGACCCUGGGGACUACACCCUUGUGGCGAAGGAAAUGAAGGCAUCGAGUAAGAACGACACCACGAUGGAGACCCGCCGCCAGUUGGCCCUCAAG